AUGGAGUUUGACCUCGUCCUCCUCGUCGAAGGAGGGUUGGCGACCUACCACACGCUCAGUUGCUCUGGACAGCGCUUGCUGCACCUGAACAUCCCUGUGCCACUGCUUGCUGCCAGGACCGGCGCCCCAACCGCCCACCUGCCGUCCUCUCGCACUUCUUUGCCGCUCGCGACCCUCCCUCAGCGCAAAGGAGACGAGCUGCAGGAUCUUCUUCUCCGUGCGCAUUUUGCGAUGCACCGCCCGAUCCUUCGAGCGGUCCUCCCCGUCCCGCGAUCUGUCCCCGUCGCUCGCACACGUCCCACCCGUCUCUACUCGUCGGCUUCUGACAUUCGAGCAGUUCACGGUGACUUCCCUGCCUGGCCGCUGCCUGGCGAAGGGCCGGAGGAAGAGGAGCCGUACAACCCCUCCGAUCCCGUCAAGAGACUACCUCGAAAAUAUCGCCCCUUUAGCCCACCUUGGCUCGUCCCGCCGCCGCCUCUCUCCUUCGAUCCCGGUUCCGACCUCAUCGCGCUAGGCAUCCCGAAGACGUCGGCGGAAGAAGCAGAGGUCGAAGCGUACAGGGCAUGGCGGACGAAGGAGGACCGGGCACGAGCGAAGAAGGCAACGGAAGGGAUGCAUCGGUGGAGGCGGCCAGCUGGGCCAGGCAUUCACCGCGAGCCGGAUCCUGUGCAGGAAGCGCCCAAAGUAAAGCUCACGUCUCGAGAACAACGAUCGGUCAAACGGACAGGGAAACCCGGGGUCAAAAAGUUGCACAAGCGUGUGCUCAUUAUGACUGCAGAUCAGCCGCAAAGCUCUGCAACGUGA